AUGGCAGAUUCCCAACUAUAUGAGUCAGCUGACAAGGAUAACCUUGAGAUAAGAUGGAGUGCUGACCUGCUCUUCAUUCUCUUCAAACAGUCACGAUCAUUCAGCUCUACAUCUGCCUGGUGGGUGUCAUGGUCUCAAACAUUGAAGGCUAGAACGAGAGAGGAAGAAGUUCUGCUCACUCGACCCCUCCUUGCCCAUGAUGACGAUGAGGCGUGUGGCUAUGUUACACUGGAUCUCGCGAGCCUCGCUAGCCCCGACUUAAGUCGUGAUCUGACCACCGCCCGGGGACCAUCCCUGGCCCGGGCCUUGGCAUGCCCGCUAUACUGA